CACUUGCCCUUUUCUGGUUAUUAACCUACGACGCCUCUACUUCCCACUGUGGCUUGGUGACCGACCAACUGGUCUGUGAACGGCGGCGGUGAGAAUGGCGGCGAUUCUAAGGAGCGCUGGUGGGAGUAUGAGCUGCGCGUUAGGGCUUCGGAGAUUGAGCCACGUCAUGGCCCUGGCUUCGCCGUUAGAUGGGGUCAUUCACCGUGGGGUCACAUCUCCACCGUGCGUUUUGCCUGAGUUCGAUCAAAACCGUGACGACAACAACAACAUUGGAUUCGGAUUGGAUUUCCCGAGUUUUCCUUAUGGUGGAUCUAUGGAGCUUAUGGCUGUUCCCAAAAAGAAGACUUCUCCCCAUAAGAGAGGCAUAAGAAAUGGACCGAAGGCUUUAAAACCUAUUCCUGUGAUAGUGCGGUGCAAGGGCUGUGGUCGGGUCAAGCUGCCACACUUCUUCUGUUGCAGUGGAAUUAGGGGAAAUGUUGGUGAGCAAGAUGAUUCAACCAGAUGAUCAGGUUUUCUGCUAUGAAGAUCAAAACUUGAUAGCCUCAUAGAGUUUUAAAUUCCCAGUUUUGAACAAAUCUUCAUGAAGUUGUUGGAGUUUGUAUUGGAUCUUUCUUGUAGGAAUGCAGGCUAUGUUGAGCCUGUUCUUUUCAUGGUCGACACACUUUUAUACUAAAUGUUUUUAUCAGUGCGAGAACAUCAUCCAGUGAAGCUGGGUUUGUGGAUAAACUAAUUGAUUAAAUUGUUACAAGGGUUCCAUGCAAAUGGACCAAAUCGGAGUAGACAUAUGGGCAGAAUAAUGCGGUUGUCUUUGCACUGGGAUGUGCACUUCUGCCUGGGCCAGUGGGCUCAAGGUGCGUAAUUUGCUAUGCUUGAAAUUUUGUAAUCAUCAUAAAGUGUUUGGUUUGGCUUC